UCAGAUUGUCAUGAAAUGUAUGAACGUAGUGGAAGAAAAUUAAAAGGGGUAUUUUUUGUGACGAUUAGGCCCAAAAAUGCACCCUAUAAAUUCAAAGUGCAAUGUCGCAUUUUUAAUGACUCUGGUUGGGUGGUUUUCCAGAAAAGACAGGAUGGCAGUGUUGACUUUUUCAAACGGUGGAAUGAGUAUAAGAAGGGUUUUGGCAACUUGGAUGCUGAAUUCUGGAUUGGAAACGAUAACUUGCAUUAUUUGACAAAUCAAGGUGAUACCAAACUUCGAAUCCAAAUGACUGACUGGGAAGACAAAAGUUACUAUGCUGAAUACGAUUAUUUCCGUGUCUCAAACGAGAAAGACCUUUACCGACUGACCGUACGAGGUUACCAUGGGACAGCUGGUGACUCUCUCACUUCCUAUUGGGAGAAGCAUGAUGGUAUGCCAUUCAGUACUGUUGACCAAGACAAUGAUGGCCGCUAUUACGACAACUGUGCUGAUUAUUACCAUGGUGCUUGGUGGUUCAACAACUGCUUUGAUUCACAUUUGAAUGGCCGUUACUAUAAGAAAGGUCACCAUAACAACUAUUUCGUCCGUGAUGGUGUCCAGUGGAAUAGCAUCCAUCUUCAUUCAUCACUAAAGAAAGUUGAAAUGCUGUUAAAACCUGCAGAUGUGAUUUCUAAUGAGUUGUGACCAGGAAUAUAUAUAUAUAUAUACAUAUGUGUGCAUGUGUAUAUAUAUAUAUAUAUAUAUC